UCGUCCGCAUGUAAACAAAACAACUGUGCACGUCAGAACCACAGAAAAUCGAUGAUAAUGAAUGAAAAUGUAGAUUAACAACCCACACGUCAUGGCAGAAAAGUAAAACAUCAGUAUGGAAUAUGCAAAAUCUGUUUUUGGUGGCUGGAAUCAGGACGGAUAUAGUAGUAAAGCCACUGAAGUUGAAACCUUGUCAGAAGAUGAAGAUGAUCUUGCACAACAAUCUGGACAUAUUGGCAUGUCACCAAGUCACACCACUAGUCCCCAGGGAUUUAUACCUACACCUGGAGGACCUUUCUCAGCACUCACACCAUCCAUGUGGCCAGAGGAUAUACUUACAAAACUUAGUAACCAGCCAGAAGACCCAAAUGGAGAAUUAGACUAUAGAUAUGAUGAGUUCGGAUUUAAAGUAGAAGAAGAAGAUGGACCGGAAGAAAAUUCCAGUAAAUUAUUGAGUACUCCAUUUGUUGAAGACCCACAACACAGAUUGAAAUGGACAGCUUACUUAGAAUUUACACAUAAUAAUGAAGUUGGAGACCUUACAUGGGACAAGGUUGAAUCAAGAUUACCAAGAUCAGAUAAGCUGAAGAGCAUGGUUAGGUUGGGUAUUCCCCACUCAUUACGACCACAGAUUUGGAUGAGACUUUCUGGAGCUCAGGAGAAGAAAGAAAAAUCUGAUCUUUCAUAUAAAGAUAUUGUCAAAGCUAGUUCUAAUGACCAUCUGAUGACAUCAAAACAAAUUGAAAAGGACUUGUUGAGAACAAUGCCCAGUAAUGCCUGUUUCUGUAACAUACAUGGUACAGGGAUACCUAGGUUAAGAAGAGUGUUACGUGGACUGGCAUGGUUAUACCCAGACAUUGGAUACUGUCAAGGGACUGGAGUGAUUGCUGCCUCUCUGUUAUUAUUUAUGGAAGAAGAGGAUGCAUUUUGGAUGAUGUGUUCAAUCAUAGAAGAUUUGUUACCUGCAUCAUAUUAUUCACAUACCUUGAUUGGUAUACAGGCUGAUCAGAAAGUUUUGAGGCAGAUACUUAUUAACUACUUACCAGAUUUAGAUUUAGUCCUCAAAGAACAUGACAUCGAGUUAUCAUUAAUCAGUUUGCAUUGGUUUCUAACCCUGUUUGCCAGUGUGGUACAUAUGAAAGUUUUACUCAGGAUCUGGGAUCUGUUCUUUAAUGAAGGAUCUACAAUUAUCUUUCAAAUGACAAUGGGCAUGUUGAAAAUGAAGGAGACAGAAUUGAAGUCAUUAGAUAACUCGGCUCAGAUAUUUAAUUCUCUGUCAGAUGUUCCAGGAGAUGUCCAAGAUGUGGAUGAACUAAUAGAGAUUGCCUUUAGAAUCAGUGGAUCUUUGACAGAUGUUGUGAUAGAAUCUCAUAGAAGAAAACAUUUAGCUUACUUAAUGGCUGACCAAGGUGCUAUUGUUAGCCCCCAAUCAAAUAAUUUACCAAAACAGCAAUUGAAUAAAAGGCAUUUGCGAAGGUCCCGUUCGUUAGUGUCAAUGUUACUUUGGGGGGAUCAAGAAGAUGACGAUUUUGGAAAAGCCAAGAAUAUUAAGCAGACAGAGUUACUUGUAGAUCUUAGAGAAGCUAUACUGCAAAUAGCAAGACACUUCCAGUCACUUGAUCCCAAAAACAAUAAAGUGAAUCUGAUAGCUGACUAUACAAUGGAGAGUCAUGCCAAGGAUCUGGAGAAUUAUGUCAAUGUGGCAAGAAACAAACGGAGAAGAGCUAAAGCAUUGUUAGACUUUGAAAGACAUGAUGAUGAUGAGUUAGGAUUUAGAAAGAAUGAUAUAAUUACAAUAAUCUCUCAGAAAGAUGAACAUUGUUGGGUAGGAGAACUGAAUGGUCUCCGUGGCUGGUUCCCUGCCAAGUUUGUAGAAGUUUUAGAUGAAAGGAGUAAACAUUAUUCUUCAGCAGGCGACGACAGUGUAACGGAAACAAUAACAGAUCUUGUCAGAGGAAGUUUGUGUCCAGCACUGAAGCAGGUAUUUGACCAUGGAUUGAAGAGAUCUAACUUACUUGGUUCUACAUGCCAUCCAUGGCUGUUCUUAGAGGAGGCUGCGACAAGAGAGGUAGAGAAAGAUUUCCAGUCAGUUUACUCCAGAUUAGUGCUAUGUAAAACAUACAGAUUGGAUGCUGAUGGAAAAGUCUUAACACCGGAAGAGAUUUUGUACAGAGCUGUACAAGCAGUGAAUGUAUCUCAUGAUGCUUGCCAUGCACAGAUGGACGUCAAAUUUAGGUCACUGGUUUGUUGUGGACUAAAUGAACAGGUCCUACACCUUUGGUUAGAAACUUUGUGUUCCUGUGUUGAUAUAGUUGAAAAGUGGUAUCAUCCUUGGUCAUUUAUGCGAAGUCCUGGAUGGGUUCAGAUCAAAUGUGAAUUAAGGUUAUUAUCCCAGUUUUCCUUCAAUCUAUCAAUGGACUGGGAAAUCCCCAAACAAACAAUUACAACUUUUAAACCUUUCAAGGAUGGUGUAAAAGAUAUGUUAGUUAAACAUCACUUGUUUAGUUGGGAUUUAUAGAUUACUUGAGAGAGUUAUAAUUUUUACAAUGUCCUAGUUAUCAUUCAAAUUCAUUGAUAGGUUUUUCUUUUUAGCCCUUUCAUAAAAAUGCAAAGUUCCUUUUAUCAAAUAUUAUACAAGGAAAAACUACACUUUAAUGAUAGAAGUUGGUUGUUCAAGACCAGUGAAAAAUAGCUAAUCAGAACUAUUGUUUGACUUGUUUGCCAAAAUUUGUAAAUGGCAGCAUCAAUUUAAAUUCAUAAUGAAAUACUCCUUUGUGUUCUGUCUGCCCUAUAUGAUUGGUUUUCAGUUUAUUUAUUAAUGUCACUAUAUUCAUCAGAUUUUUUAAAAAUUAUUAGACUGAAAAUAGCAGUUCAUGUACCUUUCUGAAUCUAGAACUUCUAAGCUACAAGAAUGCUGUCAUAUUUGUCCUUUAAGAUGUUUUAAAAUUGUUACCAAAGUCACUUAUUAUCAGUAUGCGUGUUAAUUUAUUUCAUCUUUUAUCUGAGUAAUAAAUGUUAGACCAGUCCAGAAGAAUCUGUGAUAAAAGAGGGAUAUUCAUUUGUCCCCCCCCCCUUAAUUGUUACUCAUCAAACAUUCCAUGAUAUAUAAACUGCUUCCCAAAACAUUCCAUUUAUUCGUUUUUUAUCUCUUAUUUUAUUAUUAGGGACCCCAACAUAGUUUAUCAUCAUACAAUAAAACAUUGUUGAAAUGACAUAUGGAUUGGCCAUUGUCAUUUAUGUUGAGCUAUAUGGAUUGGCCAUUGUCAUUUAUGUUGAACUGACAUAUGGAUUGGCCAUUGUCAUUUAUGUUGGACUGACAUAUGGAUUGGCCCUUGUCAUUUAUGUUGGACUGACAUAUGGAUUGGCCCUUGUCAUUUAUGUUGGACUGACAUAUGAAUUGGUCCUGGUGAUUUAUGUUGGACUGACAUAUGGAUUGGCCCUUGUCAUUUAUGUUGGACUGACAUAUGGAUUGGCCCUUGUCGUUUAUUAUCCAUUGGAUAGCAUUAUAUCUUAGAUUAAAAUCUCUGUUGCUGUAGAUUAAGGAAUUCACCACUUUAAACAUAUUUUGAUAAUUUAACACAAUUUGACUAUAGUUAAAUCACUCUGACCUACAUUUCAUGCUUAAGUGAUUAUAGUCAAAAAUAAGGUACCUCAUUUUCUCAAAACCCAAGGUGGUAUAUCAAUGAUAUGUUAACCCUUAUUAUUCAUGUGUGUUUGGUCUGUAUCUUACUGUAGGAACAUAUGAUGUUCUUGGGUGAAAUUUCAUCUUUACAUGACCUUUGCAUAGUUCAUCAUGACCUAGUUUUUAUACUUGAAUAACUUUGGUUAAGUUCUCUUCAGAUGUUGACAUAUAAAAAUCAGAAGAUGUGGUAUGAUUGCCAAUGACACAACUGUCCACCAGAGAUGAAAUGACAUAUAAGUUAACAACUAUAGGUCACGUAUAGUUUGUGAAUGUUUUACACAACUGUAAUCCUCUUUUUACUCAACAUAUUUCAAUAAAGUUUACUAAGAUGUGACAAUGUUUUAAUGCAUAUUACUAUUUGGAUUUUCAAUAAUAUGUGGAGAGGUAGAAGGUAUAAAGUCAUCUGAGUUGCCAGUCAUGUAGUUCAUGGGCUAAACUGUUGUGGUAUUUUAACAUUUUUAUUUAAUAGUGCAUUUAUCUACUCACCGUAUAGUACAUAGACACUGUAUAUAAAUCUAAAGGAUGCACAUUUUAGUUAUUUCUAUACAAUAGUAAUCGCACUUGUUUUAUAUCAAUACUAACUAAAUAUAGUGGAUAAAGGUCAUUUCUUCUCAAUACAAUUGUUAUAUAAUGAUAGAAACUGAAAGCAAACACUGGAUUAUGGACUUAAGGCUGUCUUUUCUGUAAGCAAAAUAUAUAACUUCUAAGACAAAACAGUUUUUUUACUAGAUGGUUUUCUCAUUAGCCUCGUUAUUUUUUUUUAUUCAAGCCCUGGUUUGAUUUCCUAGAUUUGAACCAGUUUUAACUUUAUUCACAUGAUGUUUCUAGCAAACAAGAGAUUUUCAAACUUUUUUGUUGUGAUAUUGUAUAAAUAAAUGACUUGGCAAUCUAUCAUAUCACAAAACAUGUAUUAUAAUUGGCUUUCAAUGUUAUUUUCUGGGACAUAAAUCAUUUUUUGAAACUAGUACUUUUAACAUUAUUUUAUGUUUAUGAAGUCAUAAAAUCUGUGAUAUAUGUAAACAUUUGAACUUGAUUUUUUUUUCAAAUAUUUUGUUAUAAUUUAAAUUAGAGUAUUUGUAAUGAGAUUUAAUAUACACAAAAGACACUGUUACUAAGUGAACAUGUUUCCUCAUUAUGACUUUUUGGAGUAAGAGUGUAGAUAAAACAAAUCUUACCGCGGAACUGAGAUGGUGCUUUAAGGGCAUUAUUUGCCCUAGUUUUUGGGAGUAGGGGAUGGGGAUAUUAUAACUCUUCUCGCUGAACUUGUUGAGUACUCUAACAGCUUUAUUUGCCAUAUUCUUUGGGAGUAGGGGAUGAGGGUAACAGAACUCUUCCCCCUGAACUGAUAGGGUGCUCUAAGGGCAUUAUUUGCCCUCCUAGUCUUUGGGAGUAAGGGAUGGGGGUAACAGAACUCUUCCCGCUGAACUGAUAGGGUGCUCUAAGGGCAUUAUUUGCCCUCCUAGUCUUUGGGAGUAAGGGAUGGGGGUAACAGAACUCUUCCUGCUGAAUUGAUAGGGUGCUCUAAGGGCAUUAUUUACCCUCCUAGUCUUUGGGAGUAAGGGAUGGGGGUAACAGAACUCUUCCUGCUGAACUGAUAGGGUGCUCUAAGGGCAUUAUUUGCCCUCCUAGUCUUUGAGAGUAAGGGAUGGGGGUAACAGAACUCUUCCUGCUGAACUGAUAGGGUGCUCUAAGGGCAUUAUUUGCCCUCCUAGUCUUUGGGAGUAAGGGAUGGGGGUAACAGAACUCUUCCCGCUGAAUUGAUAGGGUGCUCUAAGGGCAUUAUUUGCCCUCCUAGUCUUUGGGAGUAAGGGAUGGGGGUAACAGAACUCAUCCUGCUGAAUUGAUAGGGUGCUCUAAGGGCAUUAGUUGCCCUAGUUUUUGCUCCAAAUUUAUUGUUUUUAAUUCAAGAUUUUCAUUUAUGUCCUCAAUGAUAAUAACUUAACAAAAUACUUCAGUAGCCAUGAUGUCACAAAACCAUAUAGUUAUGUUGUUAUACAAAGAAACAUAAAGUAAAAAAUAAUAAAACAUUAAUUUUGGUUGAUUUUAAAAUAUCAAAACCAAGAAGACAAUGUAUAACAUCAACUAUCUUUAUGAAUAUUUCCUCUAUUAUGAAUUUUCAUGUGAUAUAUGUCCUCAGUGUGUCUCACUUUAAAUGUCAAAGCAAUGGCAGUUUUCUUAUUUUAUGUAAAAAUGCACAGACUCCUUGUAAAUGUAUUGGCGUUAUAAGGUAAUCAGCCUUUACCUUUUUUGUGCAAUAUAGUUAUUAUAUUAUCAGUACUACCUGACAUAUUCUGAGAAAUCCUGUAACUAGUGCAAUAUUGCUGAAAAAGUCUACAAGAAAUCCAGAUAUUUGUUGAAAUGUUUCUUAUUUUAUUCAUAUUUAUUGUAAAAACAAGAAAUUUAUGAAAUGUUGUAAAAACUGUUAUCAUGAUAACAACAGUAUUACAGCCUAUUAGAUCUUUGUUGUAAUCAUGAUCAGUGCAAUCUCAUUGUUAUUAAUAAAUAUAUUUACAUUUA